AAGAAUGAGCGUCACUGCGACCUGGGGAGUUUCGGUCGGCGCGCCGACGACGGUUGGCGGCACCGUCGCUCCGCGGGGCAAGGCUCCACGGGCGACGGCUGCUCAGUUAGGGAUCUCGGUUGCAUCGUGUCGGUUCACCGGACCUACGUGCGAUCGCAAGCGUAUACGAGGGAGAGCCAAGGCGCGCACACACCCGCCGCGCGCGCUCUCUCCCUCUUUCUCCCUCCCCCUCUCUCUCUCUCUCGCUCUCUCUCCCUGCGCCGCCCAUCGGCUCUCGGCCGUGUCGCGCGGAGAGUCGUCGAGUUUUCGGCGGUGCGGACGUUACGGAGGGCCCCCGCACACCGCACGCGUUCGGCCGCGCGCUCCUCCGCAUCGACCGUGUGCCAGGACAAGUGCGCGAACGGAACCCGGAGUUGGGUGAGAAGGAACGAACGGCCGGAAGUAGGAAAGCCGUCGCGCGGCGGACGUGCGCUUUUAUUCCUCCCUCCUACCAUCGCGCUCGCUCGUUCUCUCGCUCCCUCUACCUCUCCCCGUCUCUCUCUCUCUCUCUAUCUCCCUCGCGCGUUCUCUCCUCUGUGUCCCGCGUCGAGUUCUCUCGUCGACGGCCGUCGGGUCGCGCCGCGCUGCGCGUCGUGUCGUGUCGUGUCGCGUCCGAGCCAGAAGAGAGAGAGAGAGACCCGUCGCGCCUCGGCCGCUCGGCGAGCCGCGCCUCCUGGACUCGCGCGCCGCCGAGAGCGAGAAGCAAAAAAAAGGGGGGAAAGAAAGAACGGCCGCCGCGCCGUCCGCCGCGGGUGACAGUGACAUGUGCGUUGCUCCAGUGCCGUGCACCGCUGCUGCACCGUCGCCGUCGCCGUGGCCGUACGCCGGAGUAGCUGCCUGCCGCCUGUCCGCUGCGCUGACUGUGACCGUGACUGCCGCCGCCGCCACCGCGCUGCCGUUACCGCCGUGCCACCUCGCAACCGGAGCCGCCGCUGCCCGUUGCCGUUGCCGUUGCCGUUGCGAUGCGCCUCGUCGACGAUGCCGCCGCCCGCCGCGAGAUGCUAACUAAAUGAUGAUGCUGAGGGAUUCAACUAAGGGCAAGCAUGAGGGAAAGAACACCCUCGGCCGACGACACCCCGAAAAGGGCCCCACCGGCACCCAGCAGAGAGGCGGCUUCGGCGGACGUAGCUGGUAGCGAGACACCGAGCGACGAUACGGUCGAGGGUUAUCACACGGCGAAGUUGUCCGGCAUCCCUUCGGUAUCCGACUCGGCGUCGUCGUCCGAUAGAAUGGUAGCGUCGACGCAGAGCUUGGAGGAUCUGGCCGUCAACCAUCCCGCCAACGCGGCAGGAAGCAACGCCGACCGUCAGCAGCAUCAACAGCAGCAGCAGCAGCAGCAGCAGGAACGUUACGGUCACGCCUACAGAUCGUCGGCGCAGACCGCCCAGGAUAAGCGGUCGCGGCUGAGCAAUGUGAUCAACAACCUGCGCAAGAAGGUGCCGGAUGGAGCCGUCAGUGGAAACUCGGACUCGCCCAGGAAGGAAGAGGACGAUCGGAAUAGCGUCGAGAGAAAUCUGGAGACUCUAGAGAAGUACGUGAUGACGGUGCUGAACGGCGUGAUCAAGGACGAGGAGGAGGACAAGAACGCGGAGAAGACAAAGGAGCUGGAAAGGCAGAGGGAAGGUGCUGACGACGAGGAGGAAGAAGAGGAGGAGGAGGAGGAGGAAGAAGACCCGACAGAUACAGCGGUUAAAUCCGAGCCUUCGAGCGAGGGUGAUAUCGAAGCAGCCGUUGUGCCGCGGUUGGCAGAGGACUCCUCGAUGGUUGAAAACGCCGAAUCCUCAGAGACUACAGACUGCUCGGAUAUAAAGAGAACGGCAGAGGAGAGUCUGCAUUCGGAGAUUGGAGUUAGUCAAGAUUCAAAGCAGCCUCCCUCGAGGAUGGAGGAAGAACGUCCGAACGUUGAGGAGAAGGAAUCGUCCGAGGAUGAUCCAAGUGUUUCGAGAGAAAACGAGGAAAGUCGUACACUGAGCACGAUCAUAAUGGACAGGUUGAGCGAGCAUCAGGUUGAGGAGAGGGCAAACGUGGACGACGGCAGAGGAAGCCGAACGCGUGACGAACACGCAGUCUCGGAAAACAUCGAGGUGCGAGCGAUCUGCGGCGAACUGGUGGACGAUCUGUUGAGCGACGUUUGUCGUACGAUUGACGAUCACGAGAACGAAAAGGCCGAGGAGUGCGAGAAGCCGAAGAAGACCGUCGCGACCAAGUCGAGGGUGGAAGAGGCCAAAGACUCGAGCGUUCAGGAGUUGCCCGUGACGGGGCUGCAUUGCAGCCUACCCUUGGAUAAGGUCGCGUCGGUGCUUCAAAACUGUCAGGCGGGCGAAUCGGUGGCCUCGCGACUUUCCUCGGGAUCGCCGUUGGUUCCUCCUCCGCCGACGCAGAAGUCGAAGCCGUCGUCUUGCACCACUCCACCGGUUAGACUUCUCUGUCUCUAUUGCGACAGGAAGUUCCUGUCCAUGUCCCUGCAACAACGACACACGGAGAGGGCGCAUCAGCUCGGGGGUGGCAGGAGAUCCGGGAGGAACCUCCGGAAGCCCUCGCAGAACUGCCAGUACUGCUCCGAGAAGUGCGCCGACACCCUGGAGGCGUUGUUCCAACACAUGGUCGGUAGCCACGGGGAUAAGUACCACGCGUGCGUUCAUUGUUCGACGAGGUAUCCCACCCGGGAAGCUCUGGUGGUACACAUGGGCGAGACGCACGGAGGAAGCGCCGAGAGAAUCAGCCAGAUUCAGUCGGAGAAGAAUAUAGAAAGCUCGUCCCCCUGCAAAGAAUUGUGUAGUCAAAAUCUACGUGAAAAGGUGAACAUGUCGGUUCGAGAAAGAAAGUCCGAAGAGAAGGAACCGGAGGAUCAAGGCGACAGUCGGCGGGUGGCCGACAGCAGCCGGACGAAACUCAUCGCCAUGCGAGAGCCCAUCGACAAUCCGGCCAGUCCCGAAUUCGACAGUUCCUUCUACAGCAACGUGAGCUGCAACAUCCGCGAGAACCUGCUGCACCAUCUAGACGGCAAGCUGCAGACGAUGAGCGGCCCGUCGACGACUACGACGACGACGACGACGACGACGACGAUGACGUGCACGCCAUCGAUUGUUACCUCAAGCUCGACGGCAGGGACGACGACGACCGAAUCAAAAUCACCGCAGCAACAACCGCAGCAGUCGUACUUCGAGCACAGCGUCAAUCAGAUCCAAUUUCCCAUCGACAUCUCGCUGACCGCGGUCACGCCGGUUUACAACAAAGAGUACUCUGCCAGCGAGGAGUACGAGAACUCGAGCGAACACGCCCGGAAGCCCGGUAAAAUGAGCAGCGGCUCGCGACCCCGCCGGGUCUCCAUCGAGAAGUACAACUUUCCGCGAAAGUACGACGGCAGGGAGCAGUGGACGUGCUCGAUCAAGGACCUCAGCAAGUUCGACAUUUCCACGCAGCUAUCACUUCGGAAGAAGCAGCAGCUGAUCAAGGAGCGGCACACCAUCAGCAGACUGCAUCAGACCCCGUUGAUACCUUGCGAGACCACUGAGGUGUCUCUUCGCGAUCAGGAACAGUCCGAGUCUGUCGCGAAAGCGGCAGCGAGUAAUCAGGAUAACGCUGAUGCGAGCUGUGUGGUCGAUGCGGGUGCCGGGACUCUCGAUGUCGCCCGCUGCGACGUUGGCGAACCGCUCCUGAGCGAGAUCAAAAAGGAGACGACCGAAUUGUCCGUGACUACGACGUCGUCGAGUUCGGCGAUCAUCACGGAAUUCACUAGUGAAUUUGCAGACUUUAUGAGACUGAGGAGGUGCGAGGAGGGCGACGACAAAGUGGCCAGUGCUCAGGAAAUCGUUCAUGCUGAGCUGAGCGGCGAAUGGUCGCGAGCGCGGACCUACAUCUGCGGGGCCUGCGGCUCCAGACACGUGACGCUGAAGGAGAUGGAGGAUCACAAGGCUUCCACGCAUCCGCGCGUUCUGUGCUCACACUUUGAGCUGACCGGCGAUCAGCGCGAGUACUACAAGCACCUCUAUCUGCCGGGACAAGAGGCGCCCACCGAGGCGGCACGCAACGCCUGCCUCACGGAGAUGGUAUGCACCAAGUGCGCCAAGAGCUGCCCGAACAUGGGCGAGCUACAUCGCCACAUGCUGGAGUGCGGUGGCGAUCAGGCCUGGUUGCUCGGCCUCACCGGUAGCGGCAAGAAGAAGUGCAAGUGGCGGCCGUUCGGCAGCCGCAGCCGUCGACGGCGUCAGCGCGGCAUGAAGAGGAACAUACAGAACUCGCAGACCCAGCCGCGGAUCAUCAACGUGGAGCGACCUAAGGAGAAGCAGCCGUCGACCGGCCCUAGAGUCCGGCCGAGCGACCGCGAGAGUAUCCAGAAAAUGCUCGCCAAUCUGCCAGCUAAAAGAGCCACGCGGAAGGUUCUGCAGGACAGUAUGUUGCGAUCGCAGGGCCGGCUUCGUAACGUGCAGACUAGAACGAGGCCUCGCAUGAUCGGCGAUAACUCGUCCCGAAUUUCACGUAACAAAGCCGCCCUGAGGAACAAACUGCUGAAGAACGCCAAGUCGAUUCAACGGAAUCGCUGUCGGAGCGACAACAUCGCCGCGGUGAUCGAGAGCGUCGUGAGGAAAUGUCACGAGACCGAGAAGAAAUCGGAUGGCGAUAGCAACAAAAGCACCGAGAACGAGAGUAGGAAGGAUGCCAAAGAGGCGAACGAAGGUUCGUCGAAGGCGACCAGCAAGACUUCGGACCAAAAUGAUAAAACUGUUCGACCGAGAGUUGUUGGACGACCUAAAGUCCUCGGUAAGAGGAGGAACGUGAAGAAUCCGCAACUUCAAAGCAAAAGCCGUAACAAGCUGGCGAGAGCGAUGAGUAAGUUCGCCAAGUUCAAGAACGGCACUACAUCCGAGAUGAAGGGCGAAGGCGAGGAGACGUCCUCCCCAAAGAGUACACCAAAGAACGCAAAGACGACGCCGAGGGCGAUUGACAAGGACGACGAUAAUCUCGAUAGCACGAAAACGCCAACGAUUCCUGGAGUAAAGAGCAAAAAUAAAUCGAUGCAAGGUAUACUGAAGAAAAAGCGCCCUAUAGAUCCAGUAGCAUCCUUGAAUGCGUCUAUUAAGGCAAAGUCGCAGUUACGAACGCAUGACGGCAAGUUCGCUCGCAAUCCGAAUAAGAGCUUGGCAGGGAAAUUUUCGGAAACGAAAACGGACGACGAACGGAAACACAAGGCUGCCGACGCGAUCGAAAUCAAACCUAAGCUGAAAGCGACGCAGAAGUUGAAGAAAGCUGAGGUCCAGCUGCCACGAAGAGUCACCCGGCUGUCAUCGGAUAGUGACAAGAUGCCAACUUUGGAACCAGUCAUGCAGAUCGUUUCUUCCAACGAGGAAUAUGCCGAUAAGUCGGCGAACGAUCUGCCUAUCUUGUCGCCAGUAACGUCGGGGUCUCUUCAGAAUCAAAAAUCAUCCCGAAUAUCUACAAAGUGCGCUUUGAAGGAGAAAGAAGGUGAUGUCGAGGCUAAUCUCGAGGCUGUUCCUGAAAAUAGCAGAAAGGAGCAGAAAUCAACGAGAGGCAGAAAGCCGAAAGAGAAAACAAAAGACAUGACGAAACAAAAGAAAAUUAAUACAGUUGAAGAAAAUAAAGUUUCCAAAAAUAGCAUAGCAGCCUCAAAAGACGAUAAGAUAAAAGGUAGGAAGAGUUUAUCGGUUGUAAGUACUAAUAGCAGCGAAAGUAGCAAAGAAGAGACAUCAAAGAGAGAUACAGUCGCUAAAAAAGAUUCUAAAUUGAAGAAGGAAGAAGCAACGAAGGAAACUCGAGGCAGCUUAAAAACCAGAAUAGAUAAAGAUUCUAUGAAAUUGUCGGACAUACCAUUCGAGGUGAAGAAACUGCUGGGUUCGGCUAGCAAGGAGGAUCUCCUGAGUACAUUGGAACUCGCGUCUAACGAUUCGAAACGCAGCCUGAGGCAAUUGACACCGAGAUCAAAAAUGCUUCAAGCGAGUGACAAGAGUCCGCGGGAACUCGAUGACGAAUCGGACGGAUCGAAGAGCGCGAGUAAGAAGGAGAAGAUUGAGCCGUUUAGAAAAUCGCCCAGGAAAAACAUCGAGAAGAAGAGUGACGAUAAGAAGACAAGUCCAGAGAAGGAUUCGGCUGGUAACGCGACUGCGGCGCAAAACGAAAGAAGUCAACAGGGUAAAAGAGACAGAACAGCGAAAACGAAGGAGGUUGCGAUUGAUGUGGAAGCUAAAACCGAUGGCAGGCAAACGAGAGGAUCAUUGAGCGAUGCCAAAAGCGAGCUUUCUUUGGAAAUCGCAAGCGAUAGCUCUCGGAAAGGUAGCGGCUUGCUAGGAAAACGUCGCAGUCGUAACAAAUCGAUUGACGAAGAUAAAGAAACUAACACGCGCGCGUCCAAAGAACAGAGUAGCAACGAAAAUGUCGUGUCAAGCGAGAAGGAAGUCGAAGAAAAGCCCAAUAAGAUUUGUAAGAAGAACACUGAAGGCGGGGACGAUAAAAAUUCCGAUGAUCGCUUAGACUCAACGGUAGUUAAUAUCAAUUUGAGCCACUUGCAGUCGGAAACGAGCAACUUGUCCAUCGACAGCGGCAAGGAAAAUUCCCUGGAAACUUCCGUGAACGUUCACACCAAGGUGAAGGUAGGGAGACCUAAAAAAACAUGGGGCGCGCGUCGCGAGAAAUCAUCGAGAAAGAGGUCCUUGAACAACGUCAUCGGUAUUCUGACGGAAGGCAUGAAUAUCCCCAUAGAGGCGCAGCAGAACGUGCAGGUGCUCACGGUACAGACCAGUCUGGACAAUCCGGACAGGGUAACGCGAAACGGAAGCGCGCAACAACCGAACGGUGGCGAGGGCAACGUAAUCGCGGACUCGGCAUUCAGCGAGCUAUCGGUUCUCGCCAAGAGCGAAGGAGAAUCCGCUGAAAACGAGACCGUUACAGCAACGAGUACGACCGAUAGUUCUCACGCAGGUAAGAACGCUCGUGCUUGUCCUGAUGAAAUGCAGGUUGAGAAUGCCUUCGUCGACGUGCCAUCGAAAGCCACCACUCCUAAAGCGUGUUCGCCAGCUAACGACAUCAUUCUCGAUCUGUCCAGAAGAAAACCUAAGGGCAAGGGCUCAUUCUUAGAGAAAAUUGUGUCGAAGAUAGCGAAGCAGAAGGACGCUCUGCUAGAAGGUGAAGUAGGUUCCUUGCUUGACACUGCGGCCGAUGAGUUGACCAGCAUCCUCGACGAGGUUGGGCCUACUUUGGCUGAUAACGCGGAGAAUGCAAAUUUUGAUGAGGCAAGCCAAGCCUCGAAAAACAAAAAUGUGAUGGUUAUAUCCUCUGAUAAGGAACUGCUGGUUGUUGAUUCUAAAAUUCGAGCGUUAGAAGAUGACGAAACCAAUGAGAAUGCGAUUUCCAAAAAUUCAACGGAUUCUUUAGAAACUUCAGACAAUCUCAAUGAAAACUUGGCGACCGAGACGCAAAGCGAGAAUCAAACUGAAAUUGACGGUGUUUCAGGUGUUGAGAUGAAGAGUGACGAGCACGUAGACAGAAAAGUCGGUAACGCAUUGCGUUCCGUUGAACAAUCGCAUGCUGAAUUUUGUGAGAAUAAAUUGAUAACGAAUAAAGAAGCAGUUAUUCCCAUAGAAAUUCCAAAUGAAAGUCCUGCAUCAUUGACCGAUAUUUCAACUUCGUUAAUUAUAACGCAAAAAGAAAAUUUCGAAAAACUUGAACGAAAGAAACGUGUUACAAAAUCCAGAAGAAAAUCCAAAAGAUCAUUGGAGAGUGCGAGCUGUCCUAGGAAAAGUAAAAAGAAACGGGUAAAAAUCGAUAAAGAAGAAGAUAAGAUUCAGAAAGAACUCCGAUUGAACAACAUCAAUUCCAAAGGCGCAUCUAGUGUUGGAAAUAAAUUUUCAAAAAAAGAGAGCAGCAUCAUGGAGACUUCAAACGCAGAUACCGAAAUGGGAAAAUCAAAAUUACCUCAAUAUAGCGAAUACGAAAUCAUCAAGGAUGAUUUGGAUCCGUCGAGUUCAAAGAAGGACCUUACAAAAGCUAAUGAUGAAUCGAAUCUACCAAAAUGUACGGAUCCUUUAGAAGUAGCUUGUGAAAAUGUGAAGUUAACGGUAAGUCUUGAAGAAUCCAUUGACAAAAUAAUUUCCGAUAAAGAUGCUGUUGUUCAGUCGGCAGAAUUGAUCGAAAAAAGCGCUGAUUUCUCGAUAUUAUCUUCAGAUAGAAGAAAUGGAUCUGGAAAAUUUGCGAAUGAUACUCAGAAAAAGGGUCAAACCGGUACGCCUUCGUCUAAGCGUACAUCAAAAAGAAAAUCGCAAACUGCCUCAUCAGUAACUUCUCCGCCAAAUGCUACUACAGACGAUCUCCAAAUUUCCAUAAAACCGAUUGACGAAACUGAAAAAGUACCAUCUUCGUCGUCCACUGCGAGAGAACAAUCUUCGGAAUCAACUGAUGUGCAGCCGACGAAAGUUGGGUCAAUUAACGAAGACUCGGACGUUCCUUUAGAAAAAUUACUGAAUUCAGCGGAAGUAAUGUCUGGGAGGCAUAAAGAGACACGAAGUACAAAUGAUUCGCAAAAUUCACGUCUUGUCAAUUCGACGCCUUUAAAAACAACGAAGAAACGUGGCGCGAAGAAAAAGUCAUUGGCCGAUGAGCAUCUAGAACUACCGGAAGACAAGCCUGCUGAAGUUGCUCCGAAACACAAUGACGAAUCCAGUAUCGCAGAUUCUAACAAGCAGCUAUCCGUUAGCUUGGAGAACUUCAAAAUACCAGAAGUGAAGGAUCUGCCGCAGAGCGGGAAGAAACGGAAUCCGAGAAAGAAACCGCAGCCCGAGGAUGGUCGCUGGAACGGCGGAAGCGUUACCGAAGAGUCUCGGGUAAACGAGGAACCCACGGAAAUCAGCGAGAUGUCCAACCUGGUCGAUGAGAAAGUCGAAGAACCAGAAGAAACGGAAAAAUGUGUUGUGGGAGAAGAAUCGAGCACGAAGAAGCUUGGAAGAUCGAGUUCUUCAGGUUCGAUCGGGCUUAUUUCAUCUCCAGCCAAGACGAGAUCUAUGUUGAAGAAAAAAGCACAGCUCUCGAGCGAGAACCUUGCCGAUUCCAGCAUUCAAAAUCCGAGUACCGAAAGUACGGACGACCUGUCUGAGAGCUCGUGCGCCAGCGAGUCUAGCUACUUCAAGAAGAAGCGAUUCGCGAAGAAGAAGAGGAAAGAGGAGACGGUAGUUGAUGAUAACACGCGUCGUGACGACGUUUCUCUCACAGAUUCGACAGCUCUGAAGAGCGAUAAGCAAAAUCCAACAAAAGAGACGAGCAAAGCCAAAUCAUUGCUCGACGAGCAUCUUGAUCUCUCCGAUGCGGACGAUAUCGAUAUUCCGGUGGACAUCCAAGCUUCAUUAGAAAAUACAGAAGCGUUGGAGAACAUCGAACGAGAGCUCGCUGAAAAAUCUUCGGAUCUGCAAAACGAAGGCGCGGACAAAACGAUGGACGAUACAGAGGACAAAGAUUCGGACGCCUUAGAACGACCGGCAUCGAAUACUCACGAUUCUCCGGAUAAUCCGGUCACCCCGAAGAAACGCGCAGCUGGCAACUUCGUGGUGGUGCACACGAAGACCGGCGAGAUCCUGAUCGUGGAAAAGAGAAAGAAGCUAACGAAGGAGGCGGCGAAAUUUUUCUGCGACGUGUGCGCUACCAGCUUUACCCGCAAGAGUUCCCUGAAGAAGCAUACGUCGUCGCAAUCGCAUCUAUCGCAAUUGGCAAAAUCCACCAAAGAUAAAAUCGAGCCUGUUAACACAUCGGAGAGCGCUGAAGAGUACGACAACGAGUGGAAGAGUAAUCAAGAGAAUGAUCAACAGAUGGAGAGCGCUCCAGAAGACGCUGGAUCUCAUGGAAUCGUACAAAAGUCUUUGGGACCGGACGAGAGUUACAUUUCUUACGCAGUUAGCACAGAAUCGACGAAACCUCUGGUGGAUCUUGGAAACGCAAGACAGACGUUGGAAGAUAAGCUGCUAGAUGAGGAGAUUUGUAAGAUCACCGAGAACAUGAGUCACGACGAGUAUGUUCUGACCGAUCAUUUGACACCGGAAGAGUCGAUGUUGUUACCGACACCGAUCAAGCCUGUUCAAAAGAAGCAGGAGGAUUCGGGACGAGGCAAGAACACUGAGAAGAAGCGAAACAAGUCGAAGAAGAGGAAUCUCGCGGAGGAGCAUUUGAUCUUGGACUCUCCCGAAUUGGAAACAUCUAAAAUCGACUCGAAUGAGCUUUCAAAAUCAACUAACGACGUCAUGCAAAUUUCCUCGCCAUAUUGCGACUAUGCUUCGACAAAAGAAACAAUGGAAACGAUAGAAAAGAUCGAAGAUGUUUCUAAAACGUGUGUAGAUAUUAAUGAAAUAAAGAAUCAGUCAGAAUUAAUUGUUAAUUGUUCGAAUGAAGAGACAAGUUCAAAAUCAGCAUAUGAUAUUGACACGAAAGCUGAACAGCGAACAGAAUCUAGGACCACGAGGAGAACGCUGAGAAAACUCGCCAAAGUGGAUAACGAGGGAAAAGAAGAGACUUCAGGUUCCACUGAGACGAAUCGGUUCAGUCUAAGACCCAGAAGAAGUAAAAACAUCCAGCACUACGAGGAGUCUGACGUCGAAACUGACGUGUACUUUAUAGACACGUCUAUGGAGAAUAACAGCGACGAGAUCGAAAAUAAUCGUGAUGCACAAAAGGAACAGAACGAAGUGAAAGAAGACACGAACAGGAAUGCAUUACAGGAAAAGACACACGAUGACACUGAAGAUAAGAAUCUCCAGGACGCGGAAGUUGCAAAAUCAAAGACAGACUCGACGAACGACAGUAAGAAAAGGAAGCGCGGCAGACCGAGGCUUAAGGAUCGAAUUGUUCCGAAUUCCGAUAUCGCUUCGGCUCACACAAAACCCGAAGUUAACGAGAGUGACGUUGUUGCUACGGGCAAUCUUGACAAAUCAAAAAUCGAAGAUCAAAAAUUAGAUACCAAAGAGUGUCUUGCCGAGACCGACAUCGCGCCAUAUAUUGACGCAAGUGCCCAGCCUCCCAAACGGUGUAGGGGCAGACCUAGGAAGAAUCCUAUACCAAUUGCAAACAAUUCUUCAGUACAAGCAGAUAGUUUGAGUGCUUCCGAAUCGACGAAAUCAAAUCAUGAUGAAGUGAGAGAAGAGACAGACGCGAUUGAAUCAUGUUCCAAGACGAUUAUCGAAGAAAUUGCAUCCAUCAGUUCUUUGAUACCGAACGCGGAGUCUUCGCCUGCCGUUCAAGAGCACGCUCCGGAAUCAAGUUUAUCGGAAACGAAGAAAGAUAUAUUAAAUGCUGAAGAGGCUCGAAGCGUAGAGUCGAGCAUUUCUGAAGAUCAACUGCAGAAAACAGAACGUACGGAUAUUGAAACAGACGAUACCGUACUUAUAAAGAAGCAAGAAUGCAAGAAUACGUCUACCUUCAACAUUCCGACGGAAACAGCCGAAAUAUCAACGUCAUCAGAAGUGAACACAAGUGUUGACAAGUGUAUGCCAGAAGACGAUCACAACGACGAUACGAGCGUGAAUAUUUUAACGAAUCUAACGACCGAGUCUUCAACCGAGCUGUCUCCGCAAAUUGCCAAACAAGUACCGAUCGAUAAUUUGAAGCCAAUUGAAUCGAAAGCAGUCGACACCGAUGAGAGCUUCAUGGUUCAGAAAUUAACACCCGUCUCGGAAGAGAAACAAGCAAAAUCAGAAGAGCAAUUCCUCGAAGAACAAGUUCCCGAAGCAAAGCUUUCGUCAGGCUCGGAAGAGAGCGAGGACGAAACUUUAGUCAGUGACGAUAAAUCUCUUCCCAACGAGAGUUUCCACGAACCUCAGAAGAUGACAGAUGAUUUAGAGAAUGAUCCAGCGACGAUCGUUUGCGACGAAAAAGCGACUCGGCUGGAAUCUAACAAGAAAUUGUCCAGAAAGUCGACGAGCAAGGAAAGGGAAACUGAUCGCAAAAGACCGAAAACAUCCAAAGGCAAAAAGAAAAAGGCCAAAGUCACUGAACUGUUGAGUGACAGCGAGAACGAGGAUGACAGAAUCGAAUCUGUUGCUUCGAGCAAGAGCAAGAUCGUGAAGAGCGUGUUCGGCCGAGUGUUCGGCGGCGAGAAAGUGGAUAAGGUGAAGGAAGUGCUGAAUGACUGGGUAUCACGGUCGGAAGACGACUCGGACAUGUCUAGGAGUGCCUCGGAAGCGAGAUCCUAUCUGCGCGGACCGACAAAGUUCCCCGAGAACGGACACAAGAAGGAAAAGAAGUGUCAUCCUAGCAUCGAAACGAAGAAGGAUAGCGAACGAUCGCCCAGAAAGAAAGGUAACGAUAAGUGCAGCGGUGAGGCUCAUGGGAAAGCGAAGAAUAAGAGGAAGCGAGAGAAGGAUGUCAAAUCAAUGCCCGAGGAUCGUAUCAAGUCGCCCGUCAAUCCAACCAAGCGAAAACAUAGAGAGAGCAAGAUCAGAGCGGACGAGAAGAUUCUGAGAACCUUCGAUGACGAGUCGCCGACUGUUAUGGACGAGGAUGACAAGAUUAAGGGAACGAGUGAGGAGAUUAACAAUGAACUGAACGACAAGGAAACGAAGAGACAUCAUGAAAAGGAAUUGAAUAAGGAGCGGACUAAGGAUAAGAAUUUGAUCUCCGAAAACUGGGAGACUCUUCGAGACGAUCACAACGCUCAUGGAAAGUCGAAAAAUAGCUCCAGCCAUCGUAAAAAGCAGGAUGUUAAAGAGCGUUCUUCCUCGCCAUCGCAGCUCAAUAUGUUCAAGUGCAGACGGAGGGAGAGCAAGACCAGAGCCGGCGAGAAGAUCUGGAGAGCCUUUGACAACGAGACCUUGUCGUUCCUGUCCGACGAUCAAGAUUUCGAUGAGGCAUGCGGGAUUUCUAACGAGCAGGAGAGCGAGUUUUACGAACCUAAAAACCUGAAUCGUUCGGAUAAUUCGAAGAGUGUUAAACAAAAGGACGACGACGCUUGGAAAAACGUCAGUUUGAUAGAUCAGCAACAGAGUGGGGUGUACAGUGGACGCGGGAGAUCCAGAAAGGACUCGAACAAUUGCAAGAGACCGGAUUCCAACGUGAUUAAAAUAAGCAAAGCGAAAACGAACAAGAAGCUCUCAAGAGAUUCUGAAGAUACUCGAUCUAUUCCUUCGAGAGAUCGGGAAACAAAGAACGAAACGCAAGACGAUCAAACUAUGCGAUCUACAAGCGAAUCGAGGAAUCGAACAAAAACUUUAAUCAGGGAUAACGCUUAUGAGUCUUUCGUCUACGGUGACUCGGUUGUUUCGAAACACGUGAAUAAAGAUCAAGGUAAUUUACUAGCACAUUUAGACCGAUCAACGAGUUCCAAGAAGAACAAGAAAUGGAUCGUCAACGAGGACUGGAAACAUUCAGCGAGAAAUUUAGAAUUCGAUCAGGAGGAUGAUCAGCCGGCCGAGAAAAAAGUUAGACGAAAGGACGAGGAGUCGGCGCCGUCGUCGCAUAGUUGCAGCACUUUAGCGGCCGAGGGAUCAAUAAUGAAGAAUCAAUUGGCGGAUCUCGAUGGCAAUUCUCAGACGAAUCGAAAGUCCGACGACAAUGACAACGACGAGGAGGAAGAGGAGGAGGUGGAAGAGAGUGACAAUGAUCUCGGACGACAAAGACUGUCACCGUUCUAUGCUCGCGAGACUCCCGAUAGCUCGAUAGAAAACAGCUCCAAUGAGGAAGAGGAUGAAGAAGAGGAAGAAGAAGACGAAGAGCGUCUAACGCACGAGGAUAAUUCUAGGAAGACGAACCCUAACGAAUUUUCCGGGGAGAAGAUCAUUAUUAGAUCGCCGUCGUCGGGUCACAGAUCGGAUGUGGUGACGAUCGCGCCCACGGACGCGAUCGAGGACAACGCGUUGGAUGUGCCGAGAGAGAUCGAGUCGACGAUGGAGUCGCGGCAGGGCAAGAUCCUCAACUUCGACGAGGAGCUUUUCGUGGAGUGUUGCUCGAGAUUGAAGGCCACCAGCGAGAACGAGUUGAGAGGCGCGAAGAAGAUUAAGCUGGAUCACACCGAAUCGUAUCACAGACGGGACGAUCAACCGCAGGGAUUCAGGGUUAACAGAGACCGAUGGAGGGACGUGGAGAGCCAAAAUAGUCUCGGUAGUCUUCUGGAAUCAGUGAAUCAAUUGCUCGGCGAGGAGAUGUACAACAGCCACGACAGAAGCUAUCGAACACGUGGUAGCGAACGUUCGAGCAGAUCGGCCAGCCCGGAUGCGUCGCGAGUCGACAAUCUCGGCUAUGAGGACAGUUUGGACGUGGCUUUCGAGCACAAUAACAAACUGCGCGAUAAGAUCCAGCAGCGCAUGAGGGAGAGCGAGAAUCUGAUAGCCAGCACAUUCGGCCAGAAGCUCAACGACAACGAUCAUCCUGACGAUGACAAGCGGGACAGCGUUGGCAACUCGUACUCCUCGAGUAUUCACGAACACGAACAGCUAUCUGCGUCGGCCGCAUCGAAUAGAGAUCAGGAGUCCUCGCCGGGGCACAAGAACAAGAUGAACUCGACUUUGGGUGGUCUACAUAAGGCGCUGUCCAACUUGUUGCACAGCAACGGCAAGCAUGAUCAUAACGGUUCCGCUCCGAUGAAACUGCUGGCGGAAUUGGCCUGCGCCCGAGCUCCGACCUCCACAUCGCCGGAGAACACCACGAACAGCAGCAGGAAUCAUCAAUCGGUGAAAAUGGUCGCGGCGGCUGUUGCAGCGGCGGCCGCAGCUGCAGCGGCGGCGGCGGUGGCGGCCAAGGACACCCCGAUUUCCCCAAAGAAACCGACGAAGGACUCGUUGACGAAGAAGACGAGGAACCCGAUUAAGGAGUUGUUCGAGCGCAAGAAGGAGAUAAACGACAGAAAGGCUGCGCUCGCUGAAUUUAACGUGCAAAAGCAACGCAAGUCGAAGAAGAACAAGAAACAACAGCGACCGGAGUUCCCGUUGAUCCGUAGGAGCGAGCACUGUGGCGGCCUAACAGAGAAGAAGAAACGCCGCGAUUCCCUCGAUCGGAAAGUGGAGUCGGAGAGGAUAAAGGACGUGUACGAAUUUGACGAGGAGGAGAGUCAGAUGGCGCCCACUCUAGGUAGCGUCAUGUCCUACAGGAGUCAAGUGGACAAGAGUUUCGAGACCAACUGGUCGAAGAUGAAAAAUAUCGACGGGGACUUGGACGCCGUCUUGGAGAACGGCAAGACGAAUUACGUCACGGACACGAAAUUGAACGCUAUGAUUAACCGUAAAUUCCAAGAGCUAGAGAAGUUUGCGCCAAAGACGAAGGGCGCUCUGAAAUUGUUCCAGAGCGAGGAGCAGCAGCAACGGUUUGCCGAGCCGAUUACCGGACCAAUGGACGAGUUCGUAGAAAGGAAGCAGCAACGCAUGAAACGGCCCAUAGAGCAUACCGUCAAGCAAUCCGGCAAGAUCAAGAAACGAGGUAAAAGCUUGAAGAAGCGAGUAAGAAACGCGUGGUACGAGAACGACAGCUCGGACGAAUUCAGAACGGCCGCGAAGACGGAGGACGUCGGCGUCGGCAUUUCGAAGAGUCAACGCUCGUGCUCGAAGGGCAAGCAGAAUCUCUUCGCGGAGCUGUCGACGUCGUCCGAGAGCGAGUACGAGCGGGACGACGUCGAUUGUGCAAUCGCGAACGAGCAACGAGCUUCGUUAAAAUCGCGAAAGGGUCUGAAGAAACUGUUCGACGUCGACGUCGACGAGACGGAUGAUCAACAACGCACGGUUAACGAAUCUGAAUUCGACAACGAGAAUCAAGUUGCGAGCAACUGGAAUCAAGCGGUACAGGAAGAUGCUAUAAAGAACGAUCACGACGCUGCGAAAUCUGAGUCAGAAUUAUCGGAUCGUUCGCUGGUGAUCGACGAGAGGAAGAUAACUGACGAGGCGAGGAACAGCGACGACGACGCGGAUAAUCAAUACGAGAGAACAUUUGAGCUGGACGAUUUAUAUAGAGAAGACAGUUCGGACGCAGAUACAGAGGCCGAGGAGAACGAAGAGCCGACCACCGAGGAGGCGAAGAACAGAGCUGGAACGCAAGCGUCGGAUGAAAAUGCGACUUUGCAGACGAAACUUGCUUCUACGAACGCGAAAGACGAUUGUACGCCAGAGAAUGAACUGAUUUCCUUGGAAGAAGCUUUAGAUCUCCUGGAUCAACAUGAGAAUCUCGAGUCAAAGGCUGAGAAUGUACGUGCAGAAAAUGAUAUUGUAAACGGUACCAUGGACGAGGCUUCUAACGAUGAAAUUGUUAAUGAAGAAACGGAGAAUAAAUGUCCGAUAUCUCCUAUAGAGAUGCGAGAUGAAAAGGAAGAAGCAGAUGACGAUGUCCCAGCAUUGCCCGAGAAACUGUCCAGCAACGAGAAACCGCAGAAAGAAUCCGACCACAAUCUUCCUCUUCACGUGUUCCUCAGCAGAAAGGUGCAGGAAUCGAAAAAAAGGAAGCAACAACAGUUGGACAAGCUACGAGAGGAGCAAGAGAGGAUACUCUUGGACUUUCAGCCGACCAGGAGACAGAGAAAGUGCGCGGUGGGCAAGCAAGGUCUGCUGGCGGAGAUAAGCAGCUCUGACGAGGAGACAAUGUAUGUGAGAGACAACAGCAGGAAAGGCGAUCACGACAAAUCGCGUAAGAAGAGAGAGUCCAAGGAAAAAAGAAAAGAAAGGUAUCUCGAAAAGAAGCACGAACAGAUGAUUGCCAAGGAGCAGAAAGCGAUUGAAGAGGAGAUUCUGCGAGAGGUCGGCAAGAGGAAAGAGAUCCUCGCACAAAACGUGGACGAUGCCGCAUCGAAUACCAAUGUCGCAGAGACGACAGUUUCCGGGCAGAAAAAGAAACACCAGACGAAGCAGGAUAAGCAUAAAAAAAGUAGCGACGAGAAUACCGCAGAAAACGCAAUGUACAUGAGUCCGUCUUCUCACGACGGCUCAGAGGACAAUCAUAACAGAUCGGACCGUGCCUUCUCUACUGUGGAGAGUAGCACGGAGAACAACGGCCAUCCGUCGCCAAAACGAAGGAAACUCUCGAGAUCGCCAGCGAAGUUGAAGAAAGUUUCCAAAUCCGAGAACGGAAAGAUACCGACGAGCAAGAAGAGCAAGGAGCCAACCGCGACUGCGGAGAAAUCCAAAAAGACGUGCGCGGGCAACAAGGACUCUAAGGAGCGCAGGUCGUCCAGCGGAAAGCGCGACUCCGACGACGAGGAGUUAAAGACCACCAAGUCGUGGAACAAGGUCGAGGAAGGCGUCGGGGUUGCGAUCGGCCGCCGGAAACGCAGCGCUGCCCAGCAAUUAUACUACUGGUCCAGUUCGAGCGACGAGGAGGAGGCGCCGGAACCGAUCCCGGCACCCGAGGAGGAGGACGAUCGGCAGGAGCAGCACGGAUGGAUAGUGGGCGACUCUCACAAGCGGAUGAUUACGAUGCUGGCAAUGGAGAAGCAGCUGAAGGAGAAGCGACGUAGGAGCGAGGACGAGUUCGAGCCCGGCAAAGCGAAGAGCAAAAAGCAUCGGAACAGCACCUCUUGAUACGUGUUUCACGAUUAAACGAGCGCGAUAGACGCGACGACUACGUUAUUCUAUAUGUAAAUUGUGAAUGUGAAUCGACGAGAAAGUGGAGACCGGCAAAAUCCAUCUCUACGUUUCUCCUUAAUGAGAAUUUAUUACGUUCUGUAUCUCUCGCGAUGAUUUCUUCGCGAUCAUGCGUGGCAGAUUCGUGUUAGGUAGAUAGAAAACAGUGGACAAGUGUGAUCUCCGAUCAGAAAAGUAUUUGUGUUCGAUCAUUAUUCUUCUUUUCCCGCUUCGUGUUUCUUAGCGAGUGUAUUGAUCGAGUGGACGUGAUUCGAGACUGAGGAAGGAAAGAUAUAAAAUGUACAUAGUUGCUUGGCGUUAUAGAUUAGCGAUUAGCAGAGGCAUCCUCCCCUGUUGCGAUCUAAGAAACAUAUAUGUAUAAAUAUAAAUUCGCGCUCUUAUAAAUACCGGAAGAUAUAGACUGAAAGUGAGAGAAGUAGCGGAAAGUGAAGAAAGCACUUUUAGACAAUACUAGAACAUUUGUAACGUUUAGUUGUACGUAGGAGGGGUCUCCCACGAGAGAAAGAGAGAGAACCGAGUGAGGUGAAGAAACGGGGGGAAACCAGUCACAGUCGCUUAUUUAGGAAAGGACAACGUAAAACCGGGUCCAAUCGAGUUUUAGCGCUUCUACCAGCUUUUUUCGUGAUUCGUAAACCAUAUUUCUUCGUAUUCUUGCAUAUUCUUACAUGUUCGUACGUAUUCUUACAUAUCGCAAUGAAUGAGGUAAGAAGAGAAAGAAUCUUCCGGGUAAAAUGUUCGGGACAAGAAAUAUCGCGUUCGAGGAGCUCGAGUGCUCGCUACGGGCGAACGGAAGAGGCGAAUCUUUCUUGAACCUUUUGCACAUUAUUUUUACGAAUUUUCUAGAUCUCAAAGCUUGCGUGCGCGCGGCCAACCGUGAAGCCACGCGUGUUCGUGGAGAAAACGGAUGCUUUAUUGAUGAAACGCGAACAUUACUUUUUUUUCCUUUUCGUACUCGCCUCGUGCACGUAGGACAUAAGUAUGUAGAUUUUCAUAUAUUACGAGAAAAUGUUGUAUAUGUUAUAAGCAAGUGACAGGAAAAAAACACAAACGGUUAUAGACUUUAAAUGUAAAUGUACUGCCAUAAUCAUAUAUGUAUAUCAUAAUAUAUAUAUAUAUAAUUAUAUAUGU